AUAAUUUCAUUCUCACCUUAUAAAAUCAUUUUUAUGUUCUCACUUUUGUCUGGGUCCUUCCUGGUCGUUUCUUCUUCCUCGUGAUUUUCAGCCUGAAUUGGUCUUGAACUUAAUCUUAUAUCAUUCAUCCCUUUAAUCUCAUCAAAAGAAAAUCAGCUUCCAUCUGAAGCCUCCUUGAAAUAUUUCUUAAUCCAGGCCCUUGGAUCAGCCAUCAUUAUUUUAUCUUCAACCUUAACAUUUUUUAUUCCAAUAAUCUCGCUCUCAUUUAUUUCCUUAGCUCUUCUCCUUAAACUAGGAGCUGCCCCAUUCCAUUUUUGAUUUCCCCAAGUCAUAGAAGGUCUUAAUUGAACCCAAGCUAUUAUUCUCAUAACAAUCCAAAAACUUGCCCCAAUAUUCUUGAUCUCUUACUUAUCCUCAGAAUAUUACACACACAUGCUUCUUUUUUUUGGUGGGAUCUCUUCUGCUAUUAUUGGAGCACUAGGGGGAAUCAAUCAGACAUCCCUCCGAAAAAUCUUGACCUACUCAUCUAUCAAUCAUCUAUCAUGAAUACUUUUCGCCAUGCUUAUUAAUGAGACCUCCUGAAUAAUUUACUUUCUUAUAUACACUCUAAUCUCGGCUUCUGUGGCCUUCCACUUCGCAUCCGCCCAGACAUAUUUUUUUCCUCACUUAAUUAACGCAAAUUAUGGUCCCCUCCCCAAAAUCAUCUCGUCUAUAAACCUUUAUUCUCUAGGAGGCCUACCGCCUUUUUCAGGUUUUAUUCCUAAAUGAAUUAUUACCCAAGAAAUAAUUCAAUCAUCCUUCUACUUACCUUUAUUUAUUCUCCUUCUUUCUUCUCUAGUAACUCUUUACUUUUACAUCCGAAUUACUUUAUCCUCUAUCUCAAUUUCCUCUGCCCAAAUAAAAUGAGACAUCCCCCUUAAACCCCUUAAAAUCCUCCCAUCUCCCUUGUACACCUCAAUCAAUUUAUUCGGACUUCUUAUCCCAUCCAUACUUUUAGUUAUCUAA